AUGCUCAACCCAACGACCCAUGAGUUGGUCUUCAUCCGUGUCUGUGUCUUCUUUCUCACAUACCUACCGUGCAUCAUACCGUUUCUGCCUCCUCCGUUCUGGGUGCUCCUUCCGGUUGAGGCGCUCUAUUACUUCCUCAUCCUCCGACCGUUUGAGCGUCGGCUGUCGUGUCGAGCCAGGCACCCGCCACACAAUGUCGACAGACAGGCUCUCUUCCAGCGCUGCCUGGAGAAUGUGCCUGAUCCCGAACGCUAUCUGAGCUUGUGGGCUUUGGGCGCCCGCCCCGACGAUAUCAAGCGCGACAACGUCAGGGACUUUCUGCUCUGGGCCUUCUUCGAUCGCGACAGUGUCGCCCCUGAGAUCGAGGACGAGCUCGAGGGAUACAUCAACGAGACUGAAGAGCUUCUCGGCCGCUCUCUUGCUCCCGGCAGAGGCCGCGCUGUGCCCAUGCGCCUGACCUUCGACCACGUGCCCACCAGGUAUCGCAGCGUGGUUUGGUACAUCAUCGUCGGCUUGGUUGACUCGGCCACCCAUUGCCACCUUUUAUGGCACGGCUUCGACUUCUGGCCCUCGCCCUUGCGCACAAACCUACUGCGUGUCUUCCCGCCUCGCCUGCUGGCCUCGGCGGAAUUGGUCAGACGACAGUCACCAUCCGAUGAGCUCUGCUACUGGUAUCGUCGUCCUCGGAGCCCUACCACGGGCAUCUCGCCCACUCUUCCGAUCGUCUUUCUCCACGGCAUUGGCAUCGGCCUCCACCCCUAUGUUCCAUUUCUCGCCUCGCUCCCAUCGACCAGCCCCAUAAUCGCCCUUGAGAUCCUCCCUAUUAGCAUGCGGCUGACCAAGUCCAAUAUCCUGGCAAGGCCAGACUUCCUACGGCACCUGAAGGAGAUCCUCCGCCACCACCACAUAGACCAAUUCGUCCUCGUCGGGCACUCCUACGGCACCGUAAUGGCCACCCACGUCUUGCACGACUCGGAAUUGAGCCUGAGAGUUGAGGGUGUCAUGUUGGUUGAUCCGGUCACCCUGUUACUACACUUACCGGAUGUGGCCUACAACUUCACAAGGAGGACACCCCAGACUGCCAACGAAUGGCAGCUGUGGUACCUCGCGAGCAUGGAUCCAGGAAUCGCUUUGGUCCUGGGGCGGCACUUCUUUUGGAGAGAAAACAUCAUUUUCAAGGAGGAGCUGGUCGCGGGCCGCCAAGCAGCCGUCUGCCUUUCGUCGCGCGAUCUCAUCGUCGACACCAUGGCGGUGGCACGAUACCUCAUCAAUGAUGAUGAUGAUGAGGCUUGCAAGGUUCUAGAGGCGGCCAAGGGGUCAAGCGUCCUGACAAGCUCAGGAGUCGAGCUCCUCUGGGUCGAGCUGGACCAUGCACAGGUGUUCGACAAGAGUCAUGACUACAGCAGGGUUAUAGAGACGGUUCGACGGUUCGCUACGAAGUAA